AUGGCAGCUCUUGCCAGCUCUCUCAUUCGACAGAAACGGGCCGUCAAGGACGACCACGCCAACCGACCGGUAGCCAACAAGCGCAAAGUCUGCCAAAAGAGCAACAAGUCCCUUUGCCAGAAACAGAUACUAGUUCUCAUCAAUAAAGUUCGAUUAUGUGGUGGUCGAAGAAGACGGCCGGAAUUAAGACCGGAGCCGCAGCUCAAAGGCAUAGUUACCCGCCUGUACAGCCAGCACGGCUACUACCUCCAGAUGCAGCCAGACGGCACCAUGGACGGCACAAGGGACGAGAGCAGCUCCUUCUCACAGUUCAACUUGAUUCCUGUGGGCCUGCGGAUAGUGGCGAUCCAAGGGGCAAAGACUGGGCUCUACCUGGGCAUGAACAGCGAGGGGUAUCUCUACACGUCGGAACACUUCAACCCCGAGUGCCGCUUCAAAGAGAGCGUGUUUGAGAACUACUACGUCACCUACUCCUCUAUGCUGUAUCGCCAGAGCCAGUCCGGCCGCUCGUGGUACAUCGGCAUCAACCGCGACGGCCAGGUCAUGAAGGGCAACCGAGUGAAGAAGACCAAGGGAGCCGCCCACUUUCUGCCCAAAGUCAUUGAAGUCGCCAUGUACAAGGAGCCUUCGCUCCAUGCGCUGGCCGGCGAGCAGAGCCCUCUGUGCAAGACGGUCAAGACGUCCGACUCGCCGUCUCAGCAGAACGGCAGGAAAGAGGCCCCCAAAGCAGACGCCUCAUAGCACAGGGACCCCUGGCCAGGGGUAGGGGCAGCAGUGACACAGAGAAACU